AUGGACUUCCUUCAUGAACAGUACUUCCGAGAUAUGGUGACUAUACUGUACGACCAAUCACCUGCGCAGAACGACGCAUGCGUGCGGUUUCUGCCCCUGUUCCACUACGCUAUUGCCCUUGGGCAUCUCUUCGAUCGUGAUCAGCACCGACAAAGUGGUUGUCAUGUUCCUCUCGAUUCCGCCAUGUGCCACUUCAACAUAGGCCAGAAGGUGCUGGACAUUACCCAGUCAGAUAAUCUGAUAUCAGUGCAAGCCUUGCUGUGCGGAGCCAUCUUUCUUGUGGCUACAUCACGGAUAUCUCGUGCUCAUACCUUCCUCAGCCUGGCAUCAUCAGGCGCUAUACGACUUGGUCUGCAUUGCGAUGUCACCGGAAAACCAACAAUGACAGGACAAGAGCGGUCCAUGCGUAUACUUGUAUUCACAACCUUGGCAAGACUCGAUUUUUACGCAAGUCUCGUGCUCGACUUGCCGCCACUGCUUCCAGAAGCUGUGGUUGAUACCGGAAUUAACACUCUCUACAUUACGCUCGGUAAUGGAGCAUCACGCGAGCUUGAUGCAAAUACAGAAGCAUCCAUCAAGCACUUGGAGCUGUUGAGGUUCACGAGCGCAACCCGUCGAGCAGUCUUCACCGAUGCAACGACUGGUGAGGCGAUAGAAGGCAUCAAAACGAGCCUUCUGGAUGCUCUGGAGGGUCGGCUACUGCACUGGACACAGGAUAUUUCCCUUCUGCUUGCGCGAAUAAGCCAGCAAGACCAAAACUCGGUGUAA